GAUAUGCAUUCGGGCGAAAAUACAGUUUUCUUUUACUCCAUUUGCAUUUGUUUAACUGCAACGUACUUGGGAUUCUAUAGCAUGUUUUCAGGCACUCCUUAUAACUCUUGAAGUUAUUGGCGUUCCCAUUGCACCCUCCAUAGUGAAACUCCUCGCAUUUCUGAGUGAUGGUGUUAUAAUAAUAUCUCGGAAUCAAUGCUCUGCACGGCCCCUCGUCCACUUGGAGAAGACAGACACCUAAAAAUGGAAAACAGGAAAAUUGAGGCCGUGGAGAAGGAUUCUACAGGAAGUUGGCAGAGUCGACAGACAUCUCUGUUCAACAGCCAGUAUGCCAGGAGUCAUCAAUUUGGAUGAUCUGACGGACAAGGACAAGGCCCAGAUGGAAUUGGACCAGAAGAAAAUUGAAGUCAAACUUGAGAGGUGGUUGACAUCCAAAUGUUGCGAGGAGAUCAAGGACUACAUUGUGGCCGCCGAGGAGGAAGACAUCUUAGUGAAGGGCAUGCCAGAGGACAAGAACCCGUUCAAGGAGAAAGGUGGCUGCGUCAUCUGCUAGACGGGGACCCGAGGAGCUGUUCGCAUUGCACCUCACUAGUGCUCAAGUACUAUCUCCCGCCUCUCCCACGUCUUUCAAUGGAUUAUCACUCACAGGCUUGUGUGAAGAAUAGUAGUUGCAAUGACAUAAAGGUUAAGGUGGCAGCUUGUUGUUCAUAUUCAUGAGUUCCUGAAUAAAUUACCACCGAGUUUUG